UGUCUCGGUGAUCGCGUUGAGAGCGGCGCGACGGAGACGACGCUCAUGGACCAACAGAGACCUCAGCUUUUCUGGACUCACAUGAUGAGACAAAGGCCGGACCCCGAGGACAACGGCGCCGCGGCGCCGCCCGAGGACCCGGUCCCGACCCGGGCCUCGGCGCUCCCGCGCUGCCGUGAGCCUGACGGCCUGCUGGAUGGAGAGAAGGCCACGGCCAUGCUGCUGUUCUCUGGAGUCGCCCUGGUUCUGGUGGGAGUCACCUUCACCUUCAUGGGCUGGCGGUACCACCAGACCAACCCCACCUUUGAGUGGCUGAAGCUGCUGGGCCCCAUCCUGAUCUCGGUCGGAGGCACUUUUGUUCUGGUGAGCGUUUGCAACUUCAGCACCAACUUCAGCUGGUUCGGCUGCAGGCAGGGCGACGAUGACGUCAUCGUGAUGGCCGUGACCGAGCAGACGCCGAGGGGACAUUGCUGCACGAUAAGCGCGAGGACCCCGCCGAUCACGAUACACGACGUCACGGCGAUCCUGCGCGCGCCACCGGAGUACAACUUCAUCGCGCCGGACGCUCGGCAAGACGCCGCUCUACCUCCGCCGACGUGCGGCUGCGGCUUCCACGCCCCGCCCCCCCCUCCGUUCCGCGCAGCUUUCCCCCCACGAGAAGCCGCCGCGUCGGACGCCGGAGGAAACAGGUGCGAGAAGACGGAGGACGACGCAGGACGCGGUGGCGACGGUGGCUCCACCAGUUCACGUCCACCCGCUUACGAAGACAUCUACCCUUCAUUCAACGCGCCGAACCUGCCGUGAACGCCUCCCGGAGCGUCCUGGGACGUUUAUUGUCGUCAUCAGCUGGCACGCCUGCUCGUGUUGCGUUAAGUCUGUGGAUGACGUCAGAGUGAUGACUUCAGCCUCCCUGGUGUUUCUCAAAGGAACUAGCUUAGGCUAAUUGUUUGCCAAGCAGCCACAAUUACAGCAUAAAUGAAGUCAUAAAAUCCACGGAGAAGGAAAACCUCAUUGAAAUGUAGCUUUAUGGUCAAAGUCAGGCCUGUCUGUGGACUGAACUGAAUAUAUAUUCAGGAUAAGCUCACAUAUACUGGAUAUACACUGUAUUCAGGCCUUGUUGUGGCCCAAUAGCUGCACAAACCACUGCGUGCCAGAUAAAUUGUGUCAGAAGAAACAUAGACAAUGGUGAAGACAAUUUACUAGAAAUACUUAAAGAAGGUUAUUUUUAAUUGUUUUAUGAUGGAGAAAAUUAGCAUCAAAACGAGGAAGCCAUUUUCUCUUUGGUUAAAGUUCUGUCAGCGCUGCAGUUAAGUGUGUGUGUGUGUGUGUGUGUGUGUGUGUGUGUGUGUGUGUGUGUGUACUAGUACAUAAGUACACUAGUACAUUUGACUAAAUACUUUAGUCAGUAGUUCGUUUUGUUUCCUCAGUGUUCCUAUGAGCACAAGUGUUACUGCACCACAUGGGGGCAGAAACACGGAGGAAGUCAAUGUCUGCAUUUUCACAGAGCAGGUCAACAACAACAACAACAACAACAACAACAACAACAACAACAACAACAACAACAACAACAACACUGAUUCCAUGGGUUUGAACAAGGAUGGUUCUUGCAUUCAAGUAGAUUGUGGGACUAUUUAUUCAUUUAAACUGCACUUGUUUAUUUUACUAUAUGUUUUAUUAAGCUGCAUGCAUCUUUAUUGUCUUUUCUAUUUAUCCUCUAUAUUAGUUUACACUAUGAAAUCCUUAUUCACAGGUUAUACUUCUGUAUUGCACUCAAAACCUUUCCUGUAGUUUUUCAUUAGGUCUAUUUAAUAUCCAUGCCAAACGUUCUUGCCCUGAAUAUCCAUCAAACCAUACUAAGAAGAUGCUCAUUAACCAAUUUGUCCCUUUUUUGGGCCUGUUUUUCUUUUACUUUAAUGAUUCAUAUACAGCAGUGUUGAUGAAUGCACAACAGAGUAAAUUCACUGUAUCACAAUUUAUAGUUUUUUUUAGAUAAGAAGAUAUUAAUUAUUAAUCAAAUUUAAAUACAUUCAUUGUUUCUUUAAGUUACUUGUUAUUUUAUUGAAUUAAACUCGAACCUUUUGGAGAGAAGUAUUGUUUAAAGUUAUUUACAGCCUAAUGUUAUUUAUACUACUUUUUCUACUUAUGUAUUAUGUACUCGUCCAGUCGAAGGUGAGGAGAUAUGCCGCUGUAUCCAGCUGCAUAAAUAGUGGCUCGUUUAUUUUUUAUCUUUUAGACGCUUGUUAAAAUCACCUUGCAACAGUAAAAAACACCCACACACAAAGUCGAAAUUUUUAAAUUCACAGCAAUUUAGCAAACAUCCCAGGACCUCCUUUAAAGUUGCGUCGUUUCGCCUGUGCAGAUCUGAAACCGCAGCGCAAUAUGACUUUCAUUAUUUUUACAGCACAGUGAAAUGCGGGUGGCCGACAAGGGCCAUUAUUUCACCAUUCUGGAGCAACGGACUCGAUUUAUGAAAGUACUACAGAACAACUCCGAAAUAAGAGGGAGGAGGGUGGAAUCAACGAAUCAGUCUCGAUAUGAGUUUUGAUUAUGAAAAGGUUAUUACCAGUAUUUUUGUUGUUAACGAUAAGGAAAACCACAUUAUUCUUUCCAGCUGUAGAUCUUAAACUCUAAAUAUUUAUUUAGUUGUGCACAUAAAUUGCCAAGUAAACUGU